CAAUCGAUUCAGCAAUCACAGCAAAUCCCCAAAACCCAAACUCCAAAAAUGUUCAAAUUCGUCGCCUUCUUCGCCUGCCUGGCCGUGGCCGCCGCUGCUCCUGGCCUGAUUGCCGAGACCCACUCGUAUGUGCAGCCAGCGGUUCUGGCCAAGACCGCCUACGUGGACACCAGUGCCUCCUCGGCCAUCACCCACCAGAGCAACGUGAAUCUGGUGCGUAAGGUACCGGUGGCCUAUGCCGCUCCCGUCGUCCAUGCUGCUCCCGUCGUCCAUGCCGCUCCUCUGGUCAAGACCGUCGUCGCUGCCCCCGCUCCACUGGUGGUGCCAGCUGCUCCCAUUGUCAAGACUGUGAUCCCGGCUGCUCCCCUCUACAAGACUGUGGUGGCCGCCCCCGCUCCUGUGGUCCACAGCGUCAUCCCAGCUGCCCCGAUUGUCAAGACUGUGAUCCCCGCCGCCCCGCUGGUCCACACUGUCCUGCCCAGUGCCCCCGUCGUGUACUCCGCCUACCACAAGUAA